UUCAGCCAUCUGCCUGAGAUAUGGGAGGGAGCUGGAGAAAGAAGGAGGGGGAGAGACUGCCAGAGAGGAAGAGAAAAGAAAGGAAGAAACACUAGAAAGAAAAAGGAAGGAAAACGAGAUAAAGGGAGAACAAUCACCCGCCCUUAACAAGCUAGACUGGGGGGGGAGGGGGGUGGAAAGAAAGCCGUGGAAGGUGUCCCCCCAGCGCAGCUGCUCUGAGCGUUCAUCAUCUGUUCCCUUUGGUUUAUGGAGAAAAAGAAAAUGGUAACUCAGGGUAACCAGGAGCCAACAACAACUCCUGACGCAAUGGUUCAGCCUUUUACUACCAUCCCAUUUCCACCACCUCCACAGAAUGGAAUUCCCACAGAGUAUGGAGUGCCACACACUCAGGACUACGCCGGCCAGACCAGUGAGCACAACCUGACACUGUACGGAAGCACGCAAGCCCACGGGGAGCAGAGCAGCAACUCACCCAGCACGCAGAACGGAUCUCUGACGCAGACAGAAGGAGGCGCACAGACAGAUGGCCAGCAGUCACAGACACAAAGUAGUGAAAAUUCAGAGAGUAAAUCUACCCCUAAACGACUGCAUGUCUCUAAUAUUCCUUUCCGCUUCCGGGACCCUGACCUCCGGCAGAUGUUUGGGCAGUUUGGCAAAAUCCUAGAUGUAGAAAUAAUCUUUAAUGAACGUGGUUCUAAGGGAUUCGGGUUCGUAACUUUCGAGAAUAGUGCUGAUGCAGACAGGGCCAGGGAGAAAUUACACGGCACCGUGGUAGAGGGCCGUAAAAUCGAGGUGAAUAAUGCUACAGCACGUGUAAUGACCAAUAAGAAGAUGGUCACACCAUAUGCAAAUGGUUGGAAAUUAAGCCCAGUAGUUGGAGCUGUAUAUGGCCCUGAGUUGUAUGCAGCAUCCAGUUUCCAAGCAGAUGUGUCCCUAGGCAACGACGCAGCCGUGCCCCUGUCAGGAAGAGGGGGUAUCAACACUUACAUUCCUUUAAUCAGUCUCCCUUUAGUUCCUGGCUUCCCUUACCCAACUGCAGCCACCACGGCGGCCGCUUUCAGAGGAGCCCACCUGAGGGGCAGAGGGCGGACGGUAUAUGGCGCAGUCCGAGCGGUACCUCCAGCAGCCAUUCCCGCCUAUCCAGGUGUGGUUUACCAGGACGGAUUUUACGGUGCUGACCUCUAUGGUGGGUACGCAGCCUACAGAUACGCACAGCCUGCCACCGCGACUGCAGCCACCGCCGCUGCCGCCGCGGCAGCCGCUUACAGCGACGGUUAUGGCAGGGUGUACACAGCCGACCCCUACCAUGCCCUUGCCCCUGCCGCUAGCUAUGGAGUUGGCGCUGUGGCGAGUUUAUACCGAGGUGGCUACAGCCGAUUUGCCCCCUACUGAAGUGACGUGAGACCCCUGCAAGUGGGACAGCCCCCCAGUUCAUGAGGCCUGGCUAUUGCAAUAUUUACUAGUAGAGGAACUCUAUAGCAAGAUGAAGAGGAAAAACAAACAAACAAAAAAAAAAAAAACACAAAAAAAGAGAGAAUACUUUUUUAUACCUCACUAUGUUCUUUGAAUAUGUAUUUUUCCUUUAAAUUUCUGCCUUUAAUUCUUUUGUUCCAAAGAUUGUGCAUUUUUUUCUUUUUUUUUCUUUUUUUUUAACUGUGGUAAAAAAAAAAAAUGCAUUUCCAUGUCUGUAUGUCCGUGCUUAGCUUAUUCUAUCAAUCACGGAAGAGGCAGUUAAUGAGGAAGGAGAGCAUUAGGAGCUGAUAAAUGCAUCUGAUCAGAAAUCAGCAGACAGGAUUACCAAAGUGAAUCUGGUGCUGACAGGCUGGGGGGCAAGCAGAAGUAGCAGAGAUCUCUCUGCAGCAGAAUAUCCUUCUAGUCUUCUGAGCUUCUGGUCUUUGGCAGGCCGUUCUGACUGGCUGUGGCUGGAAUCCACAUGCUAAUAGAUGAUAGGAAUGUGUGCUUGCAAAGCAGGAGAAUCACAAAGACACUUUCCUCUCCUCUUCCCUCCUGUCUUCUCCAUUCUUUUUACAAUCAUCUUAACAUGCACAGCCUGAGAUAGUUGGCAUGGUUUUUGGAAUUAUAGUAUUAAUAUUUCCAAACAUGCGCUCAGACUGUGGAUAAUAAACACCUCAUUAGGCAUCCGGUCUCAGAAUGAACUCUGGAGUCUGAGAAAGAUCAUUCUUUUCUUUCCUGCAAACCCUAGCAUUCCUGCUGGGCUUCUUCCCUUUCUUUGAACCACCGCUUAGCUCAUCUCUCCGUUUACUAACACCCUGCUCCCAUGUCCUCAAGAUUCAAGAAUUUAGGACCCAGGGAUAGAAGAAGAAAUAGCCAGUGGCCAGAUUUCCCCAGAGGUCUGGGCACGGCUUGCGGGCUAGAAGUCCAGAUUGUCGAGUGCCAGUGAAGAGGAUGAGGGCAAGUAAAGGGGUGUUAGAUGAUGUCUGACAAGGUGCCCUGGUAUUCCCAGUCUUUCUCUUGCAUCAGAAAGUUAGCACAGAGUGUAAAACAUGUAAUAUAGGCUCUGUUGGCAAAAGAUAAAGCACCGAGCCCUAGAUCAACUGUCCCUGGAGGUUUGGUGAGCAGGGCAUGUAAGGGCAGGCAAAGGCACUUUGUACAAGCUCCAAAGCCAUAGGACUUUUCAUCUUCCAGAGCCUGUACGAGUCACUUCUCUGUCCACAGUCUGGAGCCCUCAUGGCCACUUCACCCAGCUUCACUAUCCUCCAAAGACAGCCAGCUGAGCACCUGGACCACUUGGUAUUCGUGAACACUACAGGACAUGAAACCGAAGCCGCUGAGGCUGCUCCCCUCCCUCCUGUACAGGGAGGGGGGUCUGAAAUGGCCAGGACCUCACAUGUUGCCAGAAAGAGCCACUCGUGUGGCCAACACGUGAGUCCCUGCUGCACUACCCGGCUGCGAUGUUCUGUCUGUUAUCAGGGCAGGGGGGCUGUGCUUCUCUUCUAGCUAUUAGCUGUUAAAGGUAAAGGUCCUGCAGGAUUUCCAAAAUGAAGGCAUUAGCAAAUGGAAAAGCACGGUCCAUUUGGCUCCCCGGUCUAUUCACAUUGGUACUAGGGUGACCUUUCACCCGAGGGAUAGCUGCUAAAGGGAGCAAUUCAGAGACAUGGAGCUUCUGGUUUGUUAUGGGUUUGUUUUGGUUUGUUUUUUUUUUGUUGUUGUUUUAAUUUUUUUUUUUUUUACUCCUGCCUCCACACAUGUUCUUGCCUGAUCCUGAUUCUUGUCCCUGAAUUAAAAUGACUGACGUAUGACAGCAUCAAGCAUUCUUUGUAAGCAGAGGGAUCUGUCUUGGGGUGGGGUGGGGGGGCUGACCUGUCAUGUAUAAUACAUAUCUUCUCCCCCUUCAGAAUCCUUUCUCUCCUAAUAACUGGGAGAGAGGCUUCCCUGAAACCAGGGGAGAGACAUCAAGGAAGCUAGAGGCCUCGAUGCAAUCUUAUUGAUUCUGGGGAAGAACGCGCGAUUAGAGGGCGCCAGACUGCCCAGUCCAUUGGCCAUUUUCUAAGGGUUCUCCUCCCCUAGCCAAAGUUUGGUUUGUUGCUGUUAAGACAAUUUUUCUUGUGUGUAUAUAAAUAUUUCAGUUUGGGGUGGGGGAAUGGGAUGUGGGGCUUUUACAGUCCGAGGGACUGGGGGCAGAGAGGAUUUUUCUUUCUUUCGUUCGCUUUUGUUUUGAGGGAGAGCUUUUACUGACUAAAGAAGCUGAGAGAAAUGUUGUGUCCUGUUCACACAGGGGCCAUUCUUACAAAUGGUGGGCCACUGCUUCAGUGGAGACGAGGCCAAAUUCUAAAUAGUUGUAUCCGUGGCAGAAGAGAACAGGGCAGUGAGUUCAAGGAUUUUCUUUUCUUUUUUUCCAGAAAGAGGGAAGGGUGAUGGGAAAGGCAGGGAAGGCAGCUUCCACAGCCCUUUUUAAAAAGAAGCAGAGGCCUGAGCUUUCGUACAUUUCAGUUCAGCUGGCUCUGGCUGAGGACUCGGUAGGCAAGCUCUGUUUCCUAGCGGGCCUCUGCUGCACUUCCAGGGAUGGUGUUAACACUGCUUCCUUCAGCUCCCUUUUCUAAGAAAGACUAAAUCGCUAUUAAAGGGCCUUCGGUUUUCAGUGUCAGCACUGACUGGGGCUCUUGAAGCACCUCAGUUUACUGGCAUCAACCUACCCCAUCAGCUUCUGAACUUUGAGACUCCACACAGGCAACUUCAUCAGAGGCAGGUUCCUCGAACCAUCAGUGCUUAUUUCUUCUGACUCUCAUUCCCAGUGGACUCAGAAACAAAGUCAGAAGAGAGUUGGCAUCUCGUGAGUUUGUUAGAGGAUGCUGGUGGAUAAGUCUAGAAAACUUACCCACGCUGAAUCACAUGAAUGACUGCAACAGCUUUACUAUAGGUCACCGUGUAGACUUCUACACCAUGCUUCGUACUCUUAGAAGCCGGGCUCCUUCCAGGAAUCCUCUAGUAAACACCUUUAUCUGAAUAUGCGUCUUUCAGCCCAGAGGGCUGUCCUCAGAGCUUCUCCAGAAUCCAUUAUAUUACAUAAUUCAACUCCCACUGACCCUGAUCAGCUGUUGUGAUUCGUCAUUUUUAAGGCUCUCAGGUUUUACAAAACCUACUGGCACCAUCCUCCUCCAGUAGCCACAGGUGGAAUUGAGCCAAUAUUACCUUUCCUUGAAAAAGAAGGGAACUGGGGCUCAGCUCUUAGUUUCAGGGGAGCUAGUGGGGCUCUAUUCAGUAGAAAUCAAUGAUAGCAGCUUUUCCUGACAAGUGACUCCUCAGGGGCUGAACUGCUCUUAGUUUAGGUUCUACUUUCCUAGAGUUCUGGCAGAGAAGUUUGAGUCACCGCCACCUUCUAACUAGUCACAUAGCUUCCAGAUAGGAGGGAGGUGUGAACUCGGGGCGGGAGCACCCUCCAGAUCUAUCUGCAGGAAGGGCUGGGCAGCCCCCUUCCCUCUGGCAGGAGGAUGAGCUCAGUGAGGACAGGGCAGAGCCGUAGGGAGGGGAAGGGGGAGCCCUGGGGACCGCCCCCUUCCACCAAGCCCGCCGCUUCUCUGCUGCUUGCAACCCCCUAUAGCACAGUAACGUGCAAAAUCACAGACUUGUUUUCCCCAGAAGAUAGGAGGAAAGGGACUUUGGUGGGUGGGGAAGGGGUAGUGGUGUUUUAAAAGCAUAAGUUACUGUUUGCACUGUUUUAAGAUAGGAAAAAAAAAUAUAUAGUGGGCAAGGUGAACAUCCAACGUAAGCUUGUGUGUUUUUCUUUUGUCAUGCUCUUGAAAAUGUUUGACCGUUUGUAGUAUCCACCGGUGAAGCCUGAUGCUCUGUUGCAUAAAACACUAUUUUUUUUGGAAAUGUUACUGUCUGAAAGCCUCUUCCCUCCCUUCCCCUCUCCUGUGUUCUUCCUCAUCCUCGCCUGACUGAUCAACCAGGCAGUAGCCAUCCAGGAGCUGGAGUGAGGAGCAGGGCCCUUUCCAAGUAGACUCUGGGUGUCCUCAGCCGGGGGGGUGCCCUCCGGUCCAGCGGCUGCCGUCGAGUCCCUGGCCCCCAUCUUUAAAAUAAGGCUUACAGACCAGGCCACAGCAAAUUCUCCAAUUCCCAACUCCAAUGCGCUAGGAAGGAGGAGCCGAGGGGUCCAGGGGAGCCCUCGAGCACGGCCCAUGGGCCCAUGGCCGCAGCGGCUGAGUUCUCCAAGUUACCAGAACUGUAGCCAGUUACAGUUUACUCAGGAAAACGGUCGAUCACUUCAGCCAUGGUAGUGCUGGUUGGCAGGGCUUGGUAACGUAGAGAACUGCUCGUUAGCCGCCACUCAGACCUGGCCUUGAAGGGGACCGCCAGCUGGAGGCGCCCCGCCUGGCAGUGACUCACACCAGCCGGUGUGGCGAGGGCUCAGCUCACACCCGCCAGCAAAAAGGGAACAGCGAUUCUCUUUUCUCCCCCCAACCCCGCACCCCCGCUCCCCGCCCCUAUUACCAAUGCCAGAUUCCCAGGGGGUACAUACGUUUUUUGAAUUUUUUUAAAAAUGUUUUUUGGUUUGGUUUUUCUGGGGACUGAUGAGUGCUUUAAGCAACAUCAAUACCCCACCAGGCCCCCAGCUUCUUCAUUUUUCUUGUAUUUUUUGUUCACAGUAUUUUGUGUGUGUGUGUGCAAAGUUUUGGCAGCUCAUUUUGGCUGUAUUAUAUAUCGAGUGAUGAAUUGAUCCUUUUUAUUCCCCCUACGGGAUAUGAAUUGUUUUCUCCUUGUGUUACAAUCCUGCUUGUGAACAGCUGGAGCAGACCUGGGGCUGACACACCAAGCUAGGGCUGCAAAGUGCCGAGAGAACAGGGCGGGCUGGCUUGUCCCCGACGGGCUGACCCACCCGAGUCUCUGAGCUUUUCAGUCCAAAUCUCUGCAAGGCUAAAAUCGCCAGCAAACCUCCCCUCUUCUCCCCACUCCCCGCGGCAGGGACGGAACCAUCCCUACUUGCAGUUUCUCAGGCCCCCUCCUGUUGCCAUGGCAAAACAGGUACCUGCAGGGCACGGGGCCUCCCAUGGGAUGCUUGUAUAAUCCACCGCCUCGCCUUUUCUCCCUCCCCUCCCCACCCCCCGGAAUCACUUCCUAGGACACCCGAGCUGCUUGCCCAGGGUCCUGUUUCCCUGCCAACUCCAGAGAAGCACCCAGGGCUUUGUGACAGUCUCUAAUCCCUCCCCUCUCGUUAAGAAUCAUAUUGUAUAGUAGCUUUUAGACCAUACAGUAUUCAUUGGGUUACUCCUAUUAUUAUCAAGUAGCUGGAAUUGUGAAGGUCGGAGUAGUUAGAUCUUUAGCUUUGAUUCCUUAUUUUUUUUUUUUGUAUUACUAUCCAUGUGUAUAAAUUAUUGAUCAUGUUGCUGGCUUUUAUAAACUCUAAGCGAAGGGAGAGCACUGCCUCUGCCUUUGCAAAUGGUAAUGAAGCACUGUUUUUAAAUAAAAGAGAGAAACACCA